AUGGCCUAUCCAACAAUCCUCCUGGUGCUGGGAAUCAUCUUCAUGGCCACACAAGCCAAUGCACUUGUCCCAUUCACAAGGCCAACUCUCUUCGACAUGAUGCUCCCUACAGAAGACCCCUUCAGGAUCCUGGAACAAACCCCACUUACCAUCCCAAAAGGCACGGAGACUCUGGCAUUGGCCAGAGCCGACUGGAAAGAGAUGGCAGCAGCCCACGUGAUCACUCUCGACACUCCGGGGAUGAAGAAGGACGAUGUAAAGAUCGAACUGGAGGAUAACAGGGUGCUAAUAGUGAGCGGGGAGAGGAAGAGUGAAAAGGAAGUUGAGGGGGAGAAAUGGCACCGAGCUGAGAGGACUAGUGGGAAGUUCUGGAGGCAGUUUAGGCUGCCGGUGAAUGAGGAUCUGGAGCAUGUUAAAGCUCAUCUUGAAGAUGGGGUGUUGAGGAUCACUGUGCCGAAGCUUGCUGAAGAGAAGAAGAGGCAGCCCAAGGUUAUUAAUAUUGCUGAACACGGUUCUGGGGGAGAUAUUCAGGCCGCUACCAAGGCUGCAAUAUAG